AUGGCAGCCUUGGGAGACAACAAUGACGGUUCUGUUCGCGAUUCUUCUGAACGGACUGUGUCCGAGGUUGCUCCUGUUCAUCCCCACCCGGUUCCGAGCUUAUCUUCGGCGCAUCAUUUUGUCUCGCUUAAGCUUACCGUUCAUAAUUAUCUUUUUUGGAGGACUCAAAUGCUUCCGUUCUUGGAGGGGCAGGGUCUUCUCGGUUAUGUGGAUGGUACGCACGCUUGUCCAACCGGUGCAGCGCCGGUGGAGUCCACGGCGGACAGCAGCGCUGCCGCGGCGUCGGGUUCGGCUUCGGAGCAGUGGCGUCGGCAAGACAAGGCUAUCUUGUCUCUUUUGAUUUCGUCGCUGUCCGAUGAGAUGAUGCAUAUGGCCGUUGGUCAGUCCACUUCACGGGCCUUGUGGUUAGCCAUCGAGCAGGAACUUGGAUCGGCGACACGGUCUCGUGCCUUGCGGCUGCUUGGCGAGUUGCAAGCGCUAACUCAGGGGGAGUCUUCUGUCUCGGAUUAUCUCGGUCGGGCACGGAUGCUUGUCGAGGACUUGGCGCUUGCCAGGCGUCCGAUCACGCUUGAUGAUCAAAAUAUAUAUGUUUUUCACGGGUUGCGGCCGGAGCUUCGUCCCCUCGUUGCACCCUUGACGCGUGGCUCUCCGGUGACGUUGUCCGAGCUUUCGGACUACCUUACCUCUCAGGAGUGGAUUUGUGCGGCUGGCGGUGGUGGAGUUGGUUCGCCGGCAGUGUUGGUCGUAUUCUGA